UAAAUAAUUCAUUGGAGCUUUUCGUCAACCGCUUAGCGCGCAAAGCAAAGAUCGAAGGAGCAACCAUGCGAAGCAGAAAGAAAGCUUCGAAAAACCACUUAGAUAUCUCAAAAGCAAGCUCUGCUCCCCCUCAAGAGCAAGGUUGCUACGAAGGGGAACGUCUUGCUCGUCUGCUCAAAUUGAUUCAGAGGGAGAUAGAGUCAGCAAGACUCUUGGAUGGAAACUCCUUACCUGAAAAGCUAUGGUUUAAGCAACGGUUCUCAAUUGGAGUCAACGAUGUCACUCGCGUCCUUGAACGCAUGGCACCGUGUGCUCAAGUGGGAAGCUCUCCUCAGCCCUCUUCAAUCAGCGCCAAUCUCAAAGCGCCUUCAGUUCAGCUUCAGGCUGUACUGUUAGCUUCUGAUUGCAACCCUCGGUGGCUGACAAAGCAUCUUCCAAGCUUGGCCUCAUCAAGGAGGGUUCCACUGAUUUUUGUCAAAGACAAGAAGGGAGGUUCUUUAAGGUUAGGUGAACUUGUUAGGCUCAAGACAGCAAUUGCUAUAGGAGUAAAGGCUAAAGGAAAUGCCAUUAAUCAACUUUUGGAGAAAAUUCUUGAUGGUGAUGAGAUAAAUCGUGGAGCCAAUUGCAUGAACACAAUUGCAAUGCCUGAUGCACCAUGUCAGUGAGAUGUAAGAUUGAUAGACAUGAUGCAAGUAAUAUGAAGCCAUGGCAGGAAGGGAGAAGAACCGUCAGUCAGAAACUCACAAAUUUUGUUGGUCAUGUGAGUUUAUAGUUUCUUUCAAGACACUGGAAGAUCGUGAAUGGCUAAUUUCUACAAUAAUGAGCUUGUCUACAUGCCUCAAGGAGUAUUUCAAGACUCCUUUGGGGCAAAGUUUAUUUUAUGAGUCCUAAGGAUGUACUUAAGGUCUUGCAUUUCACCACCGUUCAUGAAAUGUUUUAAAUCUUUUUAGAUAUUUGUUAUCACUGUUCUGUAGUCUUGGAUAUGGAUCUAUCAAUGAGUCAAUAGUGUGGGUCCAGAUGUCCAGGCAUGCAAUUUGGGCAGGAGUUUGUGUGUGUGAUGAAUCUCCAAAUUGAUAUGCUUUUGUAUAGAAGGUUGUUAUAUAUGUCACUGGUAGCAAGAUGGUUAAAAUGUCA